AUGACCACCGUCAUGCAUGCGCGCCGCCGGGUGCGCGCCACGUUGGCACUUCUUCUCCUGGCGACUAUCGUGUGCGCGGCGGCCGCGAAGCAGCCGUCGCACAACCGCUUCAUCGUCGUGUGCGAUGACGAGAACGACCACCCCGGCGCCGGCAACGCCUGCCGCCGCGCCGCCGUCCGCGGCCAGGGCGUCAUCGUCAACGACGCGCUCCCGGGCCACCGUGCGUUCGCCGCCGAGUUCCCGGGCUCACCCACCGCGGCAGCCAAGGUCGCCGAGAACCUCAUGAAAGCCCAGGGCAACGGCGUGCGUCGAGUAGAGCCCGACGGCGUCCACUGGCUCAUCGAGGACGACCUCGAGGAGGGCAUCGACGCUGACACCCCCCCCUUGCGCUCCCGCAAGCUCCUGGAGCAGCACCGCCGCAACCUCGCGCAGACCAUGCCGCCCGGCGUGCCCAUGGCCGACGUCGACCCCUCCCUGUGGCCCGUCGCGGCCGGCGGCAAGAAGGUCUGCAUCAUCGACUCGGGCUACAUGCUGUCGCACGUGGACCUGCCGGGCACGGAGACGACGACGGGGUCGGCGAACGGCGGCGCGGGCGUGUGGUACGAGGACACCAUGGGCCACGGCACGCACGUCGCCGGCACGGUCGCCGCCGUCCACAACGACCAGGGCGUCGUGGGCGUGGCGCCGUCCGUGGGGCUGCACAUCGUGCGGGUGUUUGACGCGCAGCGCUGGGCGUACUCGUCGAGCCUGGUCGCCGCGCUGACGGAGUGCCUGACGACGGGCGGCGCGCAGAUCGUCUCGAUGUCGCUCGGGCGGUCGUCUUACUCGUCGUGGGAGGACGCACAGUUCACCAGCCUGGCGGAGGAGUACGGCGCGCUGUUCGUGGCGGCGGCGGGCAACGGCGGCAGCUCCGCCUACCACUGGCCGGCGUCAUACCCGAGCGUGGUGAGCGUGGGGUCGGUGACGGCCUCGGAGGUGCGCAGCAGCUUCUCGCAGUACAACGACCGCGUGGAGCUGGCCGCGCACGGGUCGUCGGUGCUGUCGACGUACAAGAACGGCGGCUAUGCCCGCAUGUCGGGCACGUCCAUGGCCACCCCGCACGUGUCGGGCGUGGCGGCGCUGGUGUGGAACAGGCACCCCACCUGCACCAGCGUGGAGAUCAGGACGGCGCUGCAGAUGUCCGCGCGGGACAAGGGGCCCGCGGGGUACGACAACGAGUACGGCUGGGGCAUCGUGCAGGGGGGCGCGGCGAUCGACCUGAUCAGCGCCUGCGGCUGCGACGUGGUGGAGUGCCCGGGCAACAGCACCCCGGCGCCGCCGACUGAGGCGCCCCCGACGCAGGCGCCGCCGACUGAGGCGCCGCCGACCGAGGCGCCGCCGACUGAGGCCCCGCCGACUGAGGCGCCGCCGACUGAGGCGCCGCCGACGCAGGCCCCGCCCACCGAGGCGCCCCCGACGCAGCCGCCCACCGAGCUGGUCGACGUGCAGUUCGGCGUCACGGGCCCCAUCGCCAUCCCGGACAACGACCGUCGCGGCGCGCGUUCUUCCGCGGUCAACAACCUCCCGGCCGGCUACACGUCGUGCUCCGUGGAGUCCCUGACGGUGGCGGUCGACGUGACGCACGCGUCGAUCAACCACGUGAUCCUUGUACUCGAGCACCAGAACGGCGCGUGGGUGCGUCUCAUCAACAAGCGCGGCGGGAGCGGCGACAACAUGGUCGGCACGGUGUUCGACGACGGCGCGUCGCGCAGCAUCCGCAAGGGCAGGGCGCCGUUCACGGGGUCGUACGUGCCGGAGAUGGAGCUCGCGACGUUUGUCGGGCUUGACGCUGAGGGCACUUGGACGCUGGUCGCCCAGGACAGGCGGCGCGGGACGACCGGGACGCUGGACAGCUGGACGGUCGACAUGACGAUGGAGUGCUCGUGA